AUGGCGUCCCUCCAGACCGUGGAAGUGAAAAAGUGGGAUGACAGUGGGGGCGACAGUGGCAGGCAAAACAUCAAGAAGAUCCCCUACAGUAAGUCCCAUGGCAGUAUGGCAGUCCACCGUGUGGGAAGGACUCUCCUUCUAGAUGAACUGGCUCUUCAUGAGUUCUUCUCAGAGAGGAGAUUGGACAUGGCUAAUGGAGUUUUACCAGAGGGUAAUAGAUCAGAAGUGGCAGAGGAAAAAGAAGAUAUAAAUGGUGAUGGAGCCACAGAGCCUGAACCUGAAUCAGACAACCCUGAUUGUGGGGCGGAGGAGUUUGGUCCCUCCUGGCCUGUUACCUUCAUCAGCACUGCUUCAGACUCGGAAGAGGCCGCAGCACACAGAGGAAAGUGUUCCCAUGGACAGCAAGGUUUGAGGAAUGACUUUGUGAGGAACAUCUUCUGGAUGUUUGAGGACAUCCACAUGCUGGUGGGGUCCAACAUGCUUAUCUUUGGAGAAGGAUGCUACCCAGCCUGCGGCUCAGGUAUUGACUACUGGCUGGACAAUCUGAUGUGCAAUGUUCCAGAGCUCGUCAUGUGCUUUCACAUCAAUGGCAUCAUCCAUGCCUACUUCAUCGAAUUGGCCUGUUUCUGUGUUUCCUCGGCUAGUGGAAGUGACAUCGUAAAGCUGUAUGACCUCAUCACUCUCUGUGAGGAAGCAGCAGAGGAGAAAUGCCAGAACCCCUUCACCCUGCCUGUGGAUAUGCUUCUUUACAAAGUGGCUAGCAACAUGAUGCUGAAGAAGAGCCAGAACAGGAAGCAUUAUGGGACAAUCGGAACGGUGUUGUGGGCGGGGGGCUCUGAGGACAGCUACAGUGACGAGGAGGCUCAAGAAGAUUUACCAGAGGACAGUCAUGAGAAUGGCUCCUGCAGUACCACCUCAGACCCACAGGAUGAUAGCAAAGCUGUAGCUAUUAUCAAAUGUGGGGAGCUGUCUGUUCUAGAGAAGUAGAAGUCCACUCAUCAGAUCAGGCCAAUCUAUGUAUUUCCCGUUUCUCAAAACAAGGAGGAAAGAUGUCGGCAUGUCCUCAGCUAUUGCCUGAAAGCAGUGGAUGGCAGCAUUAAGAAGGAGAGUGACCUCCCAGCUGCUGACCCAGAACACCCCCAUCCCCCUGAAGUACUAGGUUGGGACCUCUCUUUCUCUUGGUUGAAGCAUCUGUCCCGGUCAGGGAUGAUCCCAGGGUCCUGGCAGCACCGUAUGAAGUUGCAGCUUUUCCUCAAGGCGCCCAUAACCUACUACAUACUGUCAGACGCUGCCACUAACCUGCUGAAGAACAGCCGGUCCCUGCACUACAUCAAACUCACCCUGCAGUGCCACGAUGCCUACUGUUCGGUGAGGAGUAUCAUGUACCUGCUGGUGCUACUGUUCCGCGUCCAGUGUCUAUCUCUGUGUGGGGACAUCCAUCUGUUGCUGUCCCGGAAUGCAAGUAACCGUGCUGCCUACCUGGAGGAGUCCAGCUACCAGACCAACGAGGACCAGGAGUUGCUGCACAGAGAGAGCAGCUGCCAGGGUGAGGAGACACUCGCACACUUUUCAACGAUUAACAUAUAACACCUGUUUGUGAGCAGUAAGUGUUAUGAGGCGGCCUACGAGCUGCUGACCUCCGUGGUAAAGGAGCACGGCCCUGAACAGCUAGCCCAGGUACUGAAGAGACUGGGCAACAUUUGCAACGAGAUAGGAGUCUUCUACAUGAACCAGGCUGCUGCCAUGCAGACUAAGAAGGAAGUGAACAAGUCUGUAUCUAUAGCUGAACAGGAGAUGUGGAAGAAGAGUUUCUCGUGCUUUGAGAAGGGCAUGAAGAACUUUGAGGCCAUCAAGUACAGCACCAACACCUCUCUGCUGCUGUGCAACACAGGAAAACUGAUGAGGAUAUGUGCCCAGGCCCACUGCGUGUCUGCAGACCUGAGCAGAGGAGAGUUCUCCCAAGAGGAUGCUCUCUAUUACAAUAAGGCUAUAGACUACUACCUGAGGGCUAUGCAGUCCUUGGCCACCAGAGGGAACCACCCUGCAGUGUGGGACUUGGUCAAUGCAACCUACUUCAGCCUGGCCACUCUGCUGCAAGAAGUUGCCCCUCUGUCCAGGAAGGCCCAGGAACAGAUUGAGCAGGAGGUGACGGAGACCAUGUUGAAGUCUCUGAAGUACUGUGACCUGCAGACCGAGUCGGCCUGCCAGCCCCUCUACCAUUGCAGAGCUGCCACCAUCCACCACCGUCUGGCCUUCAUGUACCACAGCUGUUUCCGCAACCAGGUGGGGGAUGAGCACCUGAGGAAACGGCACAGGAGCCUGGCAGAGCUGCGCCACAGCAUGGCGGUCCGCCUGUCCCUCAGCCUGAAGGACGCCCCCUGCGAGCUGCUCCGCACCCCUCUGGAGAGGGUGACUUUCGCCGAGUUCACCAUGGCAGGGCUGAACACAAAGGAAGUGAUGAAGUUGAUUGGUGUCUUUGAGCUCAGUUUCUCCUUCCUACUGCUGCAGGUGGUCAAGCUGAUGACAACCAUGAAGCGCAAACCAAUGUGA